GGCAAGCACGAUGCUGGCUGCCAAUGCGAGGGGGUGGGCCCGUCUCGUCCUCUCUCGCCGUCCCUGCUCUUCCUCGUUCAGCGCCCACUAUCUGCCGGGCAUGCUCCGGAGCCUGUCCUACUCUAGGUUGCAUCCGAUCAUGCCGGCCUCCUCGAGCCUGUGGGGCCUGAGGAGCAGAACGACAGUGGGCAGCAUGGCGAUGCUGAUAGGAGGAGCAGGAGCAGGAGCAGGAGCAGGAGCAGGAGCAGGAGGGCAGGCCCUUGCGCAUGUUCGUUGGAUGUCCAAGAAGGCAAGCAAGGGUAGGGCAGACUACACGAAGAAGAACCCGACUAUGCACAUUCCCGUCGGUGUGAAGACAUGCAUCUAUGAGCAGCCUCGCACAUUGUUCUUUGCUGCUCUCUCCACAGUCGGACUUGGACAGAUUGGACUGUGGGGGAGCAUUUCAAUAAUCAACUUGCUCAAUAUGGAUGUCAAUGUCUUAGGGGCAAGUUUGUUGAUGAGUAAAUGGUGGAUUCUGUUGGGAGGAGGGAUUUCAAUAGUCUUCACGUGGAUGGUGAAAUGGCACGCGGAUCAUCACAUCGUGAAGAUUGAGGUCAUUCCCCGCGACAUCGAUGAGAUUUUCAUCACAUCACAUACAUUCUUAGGAGGAACGACAACCAAGAGCAUCACCAGCUACGACAUCCAACCUCUCAACUUUGCUGCCCAGCAGAUCAACUCUACGGUGCGAGGGCUGAAGCUUCGGGCGAUCAGUUCAACUACAUCAUAGAGGAGGACGGCAUGAUCCAUCAUCCUGUUGUCCUCACCAGGAUAGCCCGAGGCCUCCCUGCUAAUGAACGACCCUGAUCUUUC